UCCAAGUCACCCAUGUUCGCCCGCUCCAUCCUCCGCGCCGGCCGCGUCGUCUCUCUCCGCGCUCCCUCUCUUUCGGCUCGGGCAGUGCCCGCCCGCCGCGCACCAUCCGCGGCGUCCUGGAGCCGCGCCUACGCAACUGGGACGUCACCCGUGUCCCCGACGGACCCGAAGCUCGGGCAGGCGCAGAGUCUGCUCGAGGACGGCACGCGCGCGCUGGAAGAGGGCGACCUGCCGCGCGCCAAGGCGGCGUACGAGGAGAGCAUCAGCGUCAUGCCGACCAGCGGGGCCUGGUUCAACCUCGGCGUGGUCGAGUACCAACUCGCUGGGCCGCAGGGCGCCAUUGACGCAUGGAAGCAGAGCAUCGCCCUCGAGCCUUCUGCGGACGCAUACACCAACCUCGGCAGCGCGUACAUGAUGUGCAAGCCGCCGCAGACGGCUGAGGCGAUCAAGUCGUUGACGGCCGCGAUGGAGAUUGCGCCCGAGGACCCCGAAAUCCAGUUCAACCUCGCGGCGGUGCUCGAGUCGAGUGAGUCCGCCGUGACAUGGUUUGCAGGAUGCUAAUGACAGCCGACCAGCUCGACACGGCGCUCACGCUGUACCGCAAGGCACUGGCUGGCGGUGUCGAGCGCGCUCUUGCCAACAUCCGGAACAUCGGCGGC